CUGCUGCCUUCUCUCUCUCUCUCUCUCUCUCUCUCUCACCCAAAUCCCAAAUCCCAAAUCUUCAGCUCAAAGAUCUCUUCUUGAGUUCUUUCUCCAAACCCAAAUCCCACUACAUCUCUCCCACCUUUCAAAACUAACUCCCUCAGCAAGCUUGAUUUAUGGUUCUUCUCAAGUUGCAUUCUUGAUCUUUCAGCUAUAAAUAAAGCAUAGAUCUUUGAGCUCAAAUCUGAAUUGGGAAUUGGGUUUACUAUGAACUCUUAUCUUCUUCUGUUCUUUUCCUUCUCUUUGGCCAUCCACACCAUUCUUGCUGCCAACUACAUCCCAUCCGACAAAAUCUUCCUCAACUGCGGCGGCCCGCCGGAUUCCACCGACGGCGACGGCCAGAAAUGGACCUCCGACGUCGGCUCCAAGUUCGCCUCCGGCCCAAACUCCAACGUCUCCGCCGCCGCAGCUCAAGACCCUUCUGUCCCUGAAGUCCCCUUCAUGACUGCCAGAGUCUUCCACUCCGACUACACUUACAAGUUCCCGGUCGCCUCCGGCCGGAUGUUCCUUCGUCUCUACUUCUACCCGGCUUCCUACGCCGGCCUCAACGCCUCCGGCGCCGUGUUCUCCGUCGCGGUCGGGCCUUUUACACUUGUCAAGAACCUAAGUGUUGUUGAGACCACGGAGGCUCUGGACUAUGCUUUUGUCACCAAGGAGUUUGUUGUCAAUGUCGAAGGUGAGUCUCUCGAUGUCACAUUUAAGCCUUCGACUAGUGUUCGGAAUGCUUAUGCUUUUGUGAAUGGGAUUGAGGUCGUUUCUAUGCCGGAUAUAUACAGCUCUAGUGAUGGUAGUGCUAUGAUUGUGGGGCAGUCGAGUCCUUUUGAUAUUGAUAACAGCACGGCGCUGGAGAAUGUGUAUAGAUUGAAUGUGGGAGGGAAUGAUAUAUCGCCCAGUAAGGAUACUGGUUUGCUUAGGUCUUGGUAUGAUGACACUGCUUAUCUGUUUGGUGCUGCAUUUGGUGUUCCGGAGUUUAGUGAUGCCAACAUGUCGAUUGCUUACCCCGAUAACAUGCCUAGUUAUGUUGCACCGGUUGAUGUUUACUCCACGGCCAGGUCUAUGGGGCCGAAUAACAACAUCAACCUCAACUACAACUUGACUUGGGUGUUUGCGAUUGACUCUGGAUUUUUUUACCUUGUGAGGCUGCAUUUCUGUGAGGUUGCUGCAAACAUUUCCAUGCUGAACCAGAGAGUGUUUGAUAUCUAUAUCAAUAAUCAGACCGCUGAGUCGGGGUUUGAUGUUGCUGGGAUCACAAAAGGGAAUGGGAUUCCACUGUAUAAAGAUUAUGUAGUCAUGGUUCCAAGUGGGAGCCCGCAGGAGGAUCUUUGGCUCGCGCUGCAUCCUAAUAAAGCUAGUAAGCCAGAGUACUAUGAUGCAAUUCUAAAUGGAGUCGAGAUAUUCAAGAUCAAUGAUACUACUGGUAAUCUUGGAGGGCCUACUCCGUUACCCCGUACCAUACAGAAGAACAUUGACCCAUCUAGAGCUAGGUCUAGAUCAAGUCAUGGAAAGGGUAAGAGUAUAACCCAGAAAGCAAUAAUUGCUGGGGGAGUUAGUGGUGGAGUUGUCUUGGCAUUGGUCCUUGGUUUCUUUGCUAUGUGUGUGUCACGCCGCCGUAGGCAACCAAAGGACUCAAGUACAAGUGAAGGACCAUCUGGUUGGCUCCCUCUGUCUUUGUAUUCACAGUCUGCUGGCUCUGCCAAGACAAACACAACACGGAGUUGUGCUUCCUCCCUCCCCUCAAACCUCUGUCGUCACUUCUCAUUUUCUGAGAUCAAAGCUGCCACUAACAACUUUGAAGAGGCUCGACUCCUUGGGGUGGGAGGCUUUGGAAAAGUGUACAAGGGUGACAUUGAUGGUGGAACAACUAAAGUGGCCAUUAAGCGUGGAAACCCUCUCUCUGAUCAAGGAGUGCAUGAAUUUCAGACCGAGAUUGAAAUGCUCUCAAAGCUCCGUCAUCGUCAUCUUGUUUCACUGAUUGGCUACUGUGAGGAUAACUCAGAGAUGAUUCUUGUAUACGAUUACAUGGCUUUUGGAACCCUGAGGGAGCAUUUGUACAAGACCCAAAAGCCUCCUCUGCCAUGGAAGCAAAGGCUUGAGAUUUGCAUUGGGGCUGCUCGUGGUUUACAUUAUCUCCAUACUGGUGCCAAGCACACAAUCAUCCACAGAGAUGUCAAGACAACUAACAUUCUGCUAGAUGAGAAGUGGGUUGCAAAGGUCUCAGAUUUCGGCUUGUCAAAAACAGGUCCUACGUUGGAUAACACUCAUGUCAGCACUGUUGUCAAAGGUAGUUUUGGAUAUUUGGAUCCGGAGUACUUCAGGCGGCAACAGCUGACUGACAAGUCUGAUGUGUAUUCUUUUGGCGUUGUCCUUUUUGAAAUCUUAUGUGCUCGCCCCGCCUUGAAUCCCACACUUCCAAAGGAGCAAGUGAGCUUAGCUGAGUGGGCUGCACAUUGCCACAAGAAAGGCAUGCUUGAUCAGAUCCUUGAUCCUUACCUCAAGGGGAAGAUCACACCUGAAUGUUUCAGGAAAUUUGCAGAAACGGCAAUGAAGUGUGUGUCAGACCAGAGCAUUGACAGGCCAUCAAUGGGAGAUGUUCUCUGGAACCUCGAGUUUGCAUUGCAGCUACAAGAGAGUGCAGAAGAGAGUGGCAAGGGUAUUGAUAUGGGCACUGAGGAAGAGCCCUUCAUGGCCUGUAAAGGGAAGAAGGACCUGGAUGCAUCACCAGGGUACGAUGGCAAUGUGACAGACUCAAGGAGCAGUGGCAUCAGCAUGAGCAUAGGUGGGCGCAGCCUGGCUAGUGACGAUUCUGAUGGACUGACACCAAGUGCUGUGUUCUCACAAAUCAUGAACCCAAAGGGACGUUGAGACUGAAGAGACUCUGCAUAUGCCAUACCGGCCACUACAAUCUGAGAAUGUGAUACGGUUCCUCUAAAUCAAUCAUGCAAUGAAGCUUGCUUGCUGUUCUUCAUUAUCUCAUUCAAUUACUUGGUGAUAUUCUUUAAUAUUUAUUUUGGAGUUUUUCAAUAUGAAUUGAUAAAGUUAGUUAUAGUUUUUGUAAUUACAUGAAGAGUGUUUAUGUACUUGUUCUGGUAGAGAGGGUUUGUUGAUUUGGCUUCC